GCGUGUGCUUGGAGCGUGGCGCCCAUCAAGAGAUCGGGAUGGGGAUGGAGGUGGUGGCUGUGGCUGGCCCAGAGAGCAGUGCUUUGACUAUAAAAGUUGCGAUCGCGACACUUGGAGACAUAGUUCAGUGCAGGAGCCGCAGCAGCCACCAAGUCAGCAAAUCCCCCAAAUCCAAGUCCAAGCCAAAAUGUUCGCUCUCGUAUCGCUUUUCAUCCUGGGUGUUGGAGCCGCCGCCGCCAUCGAGCUGCCCAUUUACCACUCACCCGCUGCCAUUGUGAAGCCACUGCUGAAGACCGUGGAGGUGGAGGCGCCUGCCCACUACGACUUCGCCUACUCGGUGCACGACGAGCACACCGGCGACAUCAAGAGCCAGACGGAGUCCCGGAAGGGCGACCUGGUCCAGGGUCAGUACACGCUGGUCGACGCCGAUGGAUACCUGCGCACCGUGGACUACACCUCGGAUGCCCACAACGGUUUCAACGCAGUGGUGCGUCGUGAUCCCCUGGGCCAGAAGGUGAUCAAGGCCGCGCCCAUUGCCAAGCUCCUGGCUCCCGCUCCACUGCCUCUGGCGUAUGCGGCUCCCAAGCUCCUCGCACCCGCCAAACUGCCUCUCGGCCUCUACCAUUAAG